AUGUCGUCUGAUGCUAAGAAGGAUGAGGACACGAAGAAAGAAGGCUUCUUCAAGAAAAUGUUUAGUGCACCAGGAAAAGGUUCUUCCACGGACAAACCAAAAAAGCACACCAAUAAAAUUGGAGGUCUUGGUAAAACCUCCAAACACUCUGGAGGUAAUGCCGACCAAAAGAACACACAUGAUGAGAGCCCGGAUGCAGGACACGGAGAAAAGGAUCCCAACCCAGACCAAGUUCUUCGUGACAGCACCGACGCUUGCAAAUGA